AUGCGGAAUCCCUUCGAGUUGGAUUAUGAUAGCGCCGAUGGUGACUCAGAGCCCCCUGUCGAUUUCGAGGCCCGGGAAGAACACGUUCACCAGCACCAAGAGCAACAGCAGCAACGACAACUCAACCUCGACUUCCGACCAAAGCAGGCCCAUGAUGGAGAUCGAUCACUGCUACAGGAUGACGAGGGUCAUAACGACCGCAUGAAGCGUCGUUUUAUUGGCACCAUUGAUCAGGGUACGACAAGUACUCGUUUCAUUAUCUUCGACUGCACAGGCGUUCCCAUCGCCAAAUAUCAAACCGAGUUCCGUCAGAUCCACGAGCAUCCAGGAUGGCACGAGCAAGACCCAUAUGAAUUGGUCGAGUCAGUCUAUAUCUGUAUUGAAGAGGCGAUGAAAUCCUUCCUGGCCCUCGGCUACGAGCCAUCCGACGUCGAGGCCAUUGGUAUCACCAGUCAACGAGAAACCGCUUUGGUCUGGGACUGGGAGACCGGUGAGCCCUUGCACAACGCCAUCACCUGGACCGACACCCGAACGGUCAACCUGGUCCGCGAACUCAAGGCCAAGCCCGGUGCCGACGACCUGGCCAACAUUUGCGGCCUGCCUCUCUCCACAUACCCCUCUUCUGUCACCCUCCGAUGGAUGCUCGACCACCUUCCCGACGUCCGAUCAGCAUACGAUGACGGCCGGGCUGCAUUUGGAACCGUGGACAGUUGGCUCAUUUACAACCUGAACGGAGGCCCCCAGAACAAGCGUCUGGUCACUGAUGUCACUAAUGCCUCGCGGACCAUGUUCAUGAACCUCGAAACCCUGCAAUACGACGACCGACUCCUGAAGUUCUUUGGCAUCGACAAGACCAAGAUUCGCCUACCAGACAUUCUUCCCUCGGCCGAUCCCGAAGGAUUCGGAACAGUGGCUGAGGGGCCUUUGGAGGGAUGCCGCAUUACCAGCUGUCUGGGCGACCAGGCUUCCGCGUUGGUCGGUCACUGUGCCUUCACCCCGGGCAUGGCAAAGAACACCUACGGUACUGGUUGUUUCUUGCUAUACAAUGUGGGUGACAAGCCCGUGAUCUCCAAACACGGCCUGCUCGGCACAGUGGGCUUCCAAUUAGGGCGUGAGCGCAAGCCUGUUUAUGCCCUGGAGGGCAGUGUUGCCGUGGCUGGUAGUGGUGUCUCCUUCCUUAUGAACAACCUGGGCUUCUUCCGUGAUUCACGGAAGGUCAGUGAUUUGGCCGCCAGUGUGCCUGAUAACGGAGGUUGUAUCUUCGUCACUGCUUUCAGUGGUCUCUUCGCACCUUACUGGAUCGACGAUGCCCAGGGAACUAUUUGGGGAAUCACUGCACACACACAAAAAGGACAUAUCGCUCGCGCUACGAUGGAAGCGGCCUGUUUCCAGACCAAAGCCAUCCUCGACGCCAUGGCCAUGGACAGCGGCAAGAGUCUCACAGAGUUGGCCGUGGACGGUGGUAUGAGUAACUCAGACAUUUGCAUGCAGACCCAAGCCGAUAUCAUUCAGAUUCCUGUCGAGCGCCCCUCAAUGCACGAGACUACCGCUCUUGGCGCCGCCAUCGCCGCCGGUUUCGCCAUCGACAUCUGGAAGGAUUUCUCCGAACUGAAGCACAUGAACCGCGCAAACCGAGCCUCCUUCUCCCCAGCGAUGACCCCCAAAGCCAGCGACAAGAUGUAUAAAAAGUGGUCCAAGGCCGUUGAAAUGUCACGGGGCUGGAUGGAGGGCGAGGAAGACGAAGACGACGAAUAA